AUGGCUGAGAAGCAACCGCAAUGGGUUAUGACCCAAAAGAAGACAUUCACAAAGUGGGCCAAUGUCCAGUUGGCUGGCACUUAUGUGAUCAACGAUGUUGAAAAGGAUUUGAGCGACGGUAUCAUCCUCAUUUCUUUGUUUGAAGCACUCACCAAGAAGAAAGUCAGUUUCAAGUUCAACAAACAACCAAAGAUGAAAAUCGCAAAAUUAGAGAACUUGGAACAAGCACUCAAGUUCAUUGUAGCUGAUGGUAUUAAGUUGGUCAACAUUGAUGCACAAAACAUCUUUGAAGGUGACUUGAAGUUGAUUCUUGGACUUCUUUGGGUGUUAAUUUUGAAGUAUCAAAUUGCUGCAAAUAAGAUGGAUGCGUCAACACAAGCACUUUUGGACUGGGUCAAUUCUAAAAUUGCGCCAAAGAAGAUCACCAAUUUCAAGAGUGACUGGAACACAGGUGAUACAUUGAAUGAACUCAUCAAAGCUUUAGAACCAGAAUUCAUCGAUAUGGGUGAGUCUGAGAACAAAGAGACUGGAGCUGAACGUAUUAAAUAUGGCCAACAAAUUGCUGAAGACAAGAUGAACAUCCCCGCCAUCAUUGAUGCAGCGGAUAUGGCACUUCCUGAACCAGAUGACUUGUCUGUCAUGGCUUAUGUCUCUUACUUCAGACACUACGAGGCUGAAAAAGCCAAAACAGCAGCGGACCCAGCAAAGACAUAUGCUGAAGGUCCCGGUGUAGAAGGUGGGUGCAAGACAUGUGACACUGCGAAGUUUGUCGUACACGCUUUGAAGUCGAAUGGCGCUCCAUACACAUUAGAGAAAGUACCAUUUGAAGUGAAAAUCACUGAUCCUGAAGGCAAAGAGAUUGAGCCUAAGGUAGAGAGAGGUGAGAAUGGGUUAUUUAAUGUUGAUUAUAUGCCAACGAAGCCUGGGAAGUACAAUGUCUCUGUCUGCAUUCAAAGUGCGGAGACUAAUAAAAUCGAGCCCAUUAAAGGGUCUCCAUAUACUCCAGAGAUCUUAGCUGGUAUUAGUGGAGCCAACUGUUUAGUUAGUGGACCCGGUGUAGAUGGUGGUGAUGAGUUAGAUGACUGCAACGAUGCCGAAUUUACUAUUCAAGCCAAAGACAUUGAAGGCAAUGAAAUCAAAGAAGGAGGUGCCGAGUUUGAAGUGAAAGUCCAUGACCCAAGUGGGGAAGACAUGGAAUGUGAAGUGAAGGAUAACGGCGAUGGGACUUAUUCAUGUAAAUAUGCCCCAGACUGCCCGGGUGUCUAUUCAGUCGAUAUCGAUUUGAAGAAUGACACUCACGACAAAGUCGGGAAAGCUCCUUAUGAAGUCUCCGUUGGCGAAGGUGUCGAUAACAACUCAACUGGUGUCGAUUUCUUCCAAUUCACUAUCAACGCUCGUACUAAAAAGGGACAAGCUGUCAAACCAGGUAAUGCUACUUUCUCAGUCAAAAUCGUCCACGAAAGCGGAACUGAAAUCCCUCAGGAAAAUAUCAAAAUCGAAAAUUUGGAGGAGGCCAAGUAUCGCGUCACUUACAAAACCGGUGAGACUGGCGACUAUACUAUUCACUGCUUGUUGAAUAACAGAGACAUUAAGGGUUCGCCUUGGGUCCAGACUUGCUAA